CAAGUCGUGCUUGUAUUCUUCCGCUCUUUAGCGUUAAGUCUUUCUCGUCAAGUUGAACAUUAAUAUCAUCGAAAUCGUCGCCAGCAACUGUUCAAAAACAAAUACCAGUGUUAAUUAAAAAUUAAUUAUCGAUAUUUGCAGCGUGAUUUCAGCCACGAAGCAUGAUUUAACGUGAGAUAACGGUUGAGAAUUUUCAUACGCGGGAACUAUUUCGAGACAGAGGGGCGGCGUUGGCGGCCAUGAUGGGUGGCAGCGGCGAGUAGCGACUAUAUUCCGUCAGUUGGUUUUGCGCUUUGAUGGUUGAUGUCGAAUAUUCGGGAAUAAAAAGCGCUCAAUAAGUAGGAAUAACUCGUUAAUAGAUACGGUUGGGUCCGCAGCCGCACGGCUACUCCGUAGAAAAGACAGCGGCUGAAAACCUUGGAGAUUUUUCGAAUAUUUCAGCAAAAUGACGCAGCUACUACCCAUAAGGUUUCAAGAACAUCUUCAGCUUACAGCUGUGGGGAUUAACGCCAGCAAUGUCAGCUUUAAUACACUUACAAUGGAAUCUGACAAAUUUAUUUGUGUUAGAGAAAAGGUCGGUGAUACUGCUCAGGUAGUCAUUAUCGAUAUGAAUGACUCGGCCAAUCCUAUUAGAAGACCGAUUUCUGCUGAUUCUGCAAUUAUGAAUCCAGCUAGUAAAGUCAUUGCUCUUAAAGCUAUGAAAACACUGCAAAUUUUCAACAUUGAAAUGAAAUCAAAGAUGAAAGCUCAUACGAUGACGGAAGAUGUAGUCUUUUGGAAAUGGAUAUCGUUGAACACAUUGGCACUGGUAACGGAAACCGCAGUGUAUCACUGGUCCAUGGAAGGCGAUUCGACACCGAAUAAGAUGUUCGAACGACAUUCAUCGUUGAACGGCUGUCAGAUUAUCAAUUAUAGAACAGAUCCAAAGCAAACAUGGCUAUUAUUGAUCGGUAUUUCGGCGCAACAUAACCGAGUAGUCGGUGCUAUGCAGCUGUAUUCAGUGGAACGGAAAUGCUCGCAGCCAAUUGAGGGGCACGCCGCCUCUUUUGCUCAGUUCAAGAUGGAGGGAAACGCGGAAGCGAGCAAUCUAUUUUGUUUUGCCGUUAGAACAGUUCAAGGAGCAAAGCUUCAUAUUAUUGAAGUCGGUCAACCACCCGCGGGUAACCAUCCAUUUCCUAAAAAAGCGGUGGACGUGUUCUUUCCACCCGAAGCCGGAAAUGAUUUUCCUGUCGCGAUGCAAGUCAGCUCGAAAUACGAUGUCAUAUAUUUAAUCACCAAAUAUGGUUAUAUACAUAUGUAUGAUAUCGAGUCUGCGACUUGUAUAUUUAUGAAUCGUAUCUCGGGAGAAACUAUCUUCGUUACCGCUCCGCACGAAGCUUCCGGCGGUAUAAUUGGAGUAAAUCGAAAGGGCCAAGUUUUGUCCGUAUCCGUGGAUGAGGAGAAUAUAAUCCCCUACAUCAAUGGGGUACUGCAGAAUUCAGAAUUGGCAUUAAGAAUGGCCGUGAGAAACAACUUGUCGGGAGCCGAAGACUUGUUUGUAAGAAAAUUCAACAUGCUCUUCCAAAACGGUCAAUACGCGGAGGCGGCCAAGGUCGCGGCUAACGCUCCCAAAGGAAUACUCAGAACGCCCGCGACGAUUCAACGAUUUCAGCAAGUUCCGACUACCCAAGGUCAAACGUCACCUCUUCUACAGUACUUUGGUAUUCUUCUGGAUCAGGGACAGCUGAACAAGUACGAAUCGUUGGAACUAUGUCGACCGGUACUAGUUCAGGGACGUAAACAACUGUUGGAGAAGUGGCUGAAGGAAGACAAGUUGGAGUGCAGCGAGGAGCUGGGAGAUCUGGUGAAGCAAGCGGAUCCUACGUUAGCGCUCAGUGUUUACUUGAGAGCCAACGUUCCUAAUAAGGUUAUCCAAUGCUUCGCGGAGACCGGUCAAUUCCAGAAGAUUGUUCUCUACGCCAAGAAAGUCUCGUAUACUCCCGACUAUAUAUUUCUCUUGCGGAAUGUCAUGAGGAUUAAUCCCGAUCAGGGUGUGGCGUUCGCACAGAUGCUGGUCCAAGACGACGAACCAUUGGCCGAUAUCAAUCAGAUCGUCGAUAUAUUUAUGGAGCAAAACAUGGUGCAGCAAUGCACGGCAUUCCUACUGGAUGCGCUCAAGAACAAUCGGCCGAGCGAGGGUGCCUUACAAACUCGCCUCUUGGAGAUGAAUUUAAUGUCUGCUCCGCAAGUGGCCGAUGCUAUCUUGGGUAAUCAAAUGUUCACUCAUUACGACAGGGCUCACGUCGCGCAGCUGUGCGAGAAGGCUGGCUUAUUGCAACGUGCGCUCGAACACUACACGGAUUUGUACGACAUUAAAAGAGCGGUGGUGCAUACGCAUUUGCUUUCGCCCGAUUGGCUUGUAGGCUUCUUCGGGACAUUGUCCGUGGAAGAUUCUCUCGAAUGUUUGAAGGCCAUGUUGACGGCUAACAUAAGACAGAAUUUGCAAAUCUGCAUACAAAUCGCGACCAAAUAUCACGAACAAUUGACGACUAAAGCGCUGAUAGAUUUAUUUGAGAGUUUCAAGUCUUACGAGGGGUUGUUUUACUUUUUGGGAUCCAUCGUGAAUUUCAGCCAGGAUCAGGAGGUGCAUUUCAAGUAUAUCCAGGCGGCGUGCAAGACCGGUCAGAUCAAGGAAGUGGAGCGUAUAUGUCGAGAGAGCAACUGUUACAAUCCGGAACGCGUAAAGAAUUUUUUGAAAGAGGCGAAGCUAUCGGAUCAGUUGCCCUUGAUAAUCGUGUGCGACCGAUUUGAUUUUGUACACGAUCUCGUUCUCUACCUUUAUCGCAAUAACUUGCAGAAAUAUAUCGAGAUAUACGUGCAGAAGGUAAAUCCAUCGCGUCUACCGGUGGUCGUGGGUGGUUUGUUAGACGUCGACUGCUCGGAGGACAUCAUUAAGAAUCUGAUACUGGUGGUGCGCGGACAAUUUUCCACCGACGAACUGGUCGAGGAGGUUGAGAAGAGAAACCGGCUGAAACUCUUGCUGCCGUGGUUGGAAUCUCGUGUUCACGAGGGUUGCGUAGAACCCGCCACUCACAACGCGUUAGCCAAGAUUUACAUCGAUAGUAACAACAAUCCUGAAAGAUUUCUCAAAGAGAAUCAAUUUUACGACAGUAGAGUCGUCGGCAAGUAUUGCGAGAAGCGCGAUCCCCAUUUGGCUUGCAUCGCGUACGAACGUGGCCAGUGCGAUCGCGAGCUGAUAAGCGUGUGCAAUGAGAAUAGUCUGUUCAAGAGUGAAGCUAGAUAUUUGGUGAGACGCAGAGACCCUGAUCUUUGGGCGGAAGUACUUUUGGAGAGCAAUCCGUACAAGCGACCGUUGAUCGAUCAAGUGGUUCAAACUGCCCUGUCCGAAACGCAAGAUCCUGAAGAUAUAUCGGUUACCGUCAAAGCUUUCAUGACGGCCGACUUGCCCAACGAAUUGAUUGAACUUCUCGAAAAAAUAGUGCUGGACAGCAGUGUGUUCAGCGAUCAUCGUAAUUUGCAAAAUCUCUUGAUACUGACAGCUAUCAAAGCCGAUCGUACGCGUGUCAUGGAGUAUAUUAAUCGCUUGGACAAUUACGAUGCUCCGGAUAUCGCCAACAUCGCCAUUAACAAUGAGCUCUACGAGGAAGCUUUUGCCAUUUUCAAGAAGUUUGACGUCAACACAUCAGCUAUUCAGGUUCUGAUCGAACAAGUCGGCAAUUUGGAUAGAGCUUACGAAUUUGCAGAAAGAUGCAACGAGCCGCCGGUGUGGUCGCAACUCGCCAGGGCUCAAUUACAGCAGGGUUUGGUUAAAGAAGCGAUCGACAGUUUUAUCAAAGCGGAUGAUCCAUCGGCAUACGUGGAUGUAGUAGAAACUGCACAUAGGACUUCACAUUGGGAAGAUUUAGUCCGCUAUCUCCAAAUGGCUCGUAAAAAAGCACGCGAAUCGUUUAUCGAGAGCGAAUUGAUAUAUGCGUACGCGCGAACCAAUCGGCUUGCAGAUCUCGAGGAAUUUAUAUCUGGUCCUAAUCAUGCUGACAUACAAAAGAUCGGCGAUAGAUGCUUCGAUGAUAAAAUGUACGACGCUGCGAAGCUCCUAUACAACAAUGUAUCAAACUUUGCGCGUUUAGCUAUAACACUGGUCCAUCUGAAAGAAUUUCAAGGUGCCGUUGAUAGCGCGCGAAAAGCCAACUCGACGCGUACUUGGAAAGAGGUUUGCUUCGCUUGCGUAGAUAGCGGUGAAUUUCGAUUGGCCCAAAUGUGCGGCCUGCACAUAGUCGUACACGCUGACGAACUCGAAGACUUGAUCAAUUACUACCAAGAUCGUGGACAUUUCGAGGAACUGAUUAAUCUUCUGGAAGCUGCUUUAGGACUCGAACGAGCUCAUAUGGGAAUGUUUACCGAGCUAGCUAUUCUCUACAGUAAAUAUAAGCCUCAACGAAUGAGAGAGCAUCUGGAACUCUUCUGGUCGCGUGUCAAUAUACCGAAAGUGCUACGCGCGGCGGAACAAGCGCAUUUGUGGGCCGAAUUAGUGUUUCUCUAUGAUAAAUACGAGGAAUACGACAACGCAGUCCUCGCGAUGAUGCAACAUCCUACCGAAGCUUGGCGAGAAGGUCACUUUAAAGAUGUUAUUACUAAAGUAGCAAACGUCGAGCUCUAUUAUAAGGCUAUACAAUUUUACGUGGAGUAUAAACCCCUUUUGCUAAACGAUAUAUUGCUCGUGCUUGCUCCACGUAUGGAUCAUACUAGAUCAGUGGCAUACUUUACGAGAACCGGCCAUCUACAACUAGUGAAACCAUACUUGAGAUCGGUUCAAGCUCUCAAUAACAAAGCUAUCAAUGAAGCGUUGAAUGGCUUGCUGAUUGAUGAGGAGGAUUAUCAAGGUCUCCGAACAUCAAUCGAUGCGUUCGAUAAUUUUGAUAAUAUCGCGUUAGCCCAACAACUCGAGAAACAUGAAUUGAUCGAGUUUAGAAGAAUUGCCGCUUACUUGUACAAGGGAAAUAAUAGAUGGAAGCAAUCUGUGGAGCUUUGCAAAAAGGAUCGACUAUUCAGGGAUGCUAUGGAAUACGCGGCGGAAUCGCGAAAUUCAGAAGUCGCCCAAGAAUUGCUCGAGUGGUUCCUGGAAAGAGGCUCUAAAGACUGCUUCGCAGCAUGUCUAUUUCAUUGUUACGAUUUACUUCAUCCGGAUGUUAUCUUGGAGCUUUCAUGGAGACAUCACAUUUUACAUUUCGCAAUGCCGUAUCUUAUACAAGUUGCGCGGGAAUAUAUUACAAAGGUUGAUAAAUUAGAAGAGGCCGAAAGUCGACGCAUCGAAGAAACUGAUCAUCAAGAGCAUAAGCCUAUGAUUAUGCCGGAACCUCAGCUAAUGUUGACUGCAGGACCAGGAAUGAUGGCACCAGGCUACGCACCUCAAAACGUAUACGGUACGCCUGCACAAGUGUACGCGUCCACCGCAGCCUAUCAAGGUUACGGUAUGUGAAAUACAUUUAAGGAGACAGAUCAACAAAGUCUACUUUUCUAUAAAGUUUAGGUAGAACAAGAUUGUUUGGUUAGCUUAAUAUAUCGUUAAAACGAAUACAAAUGAAUAUCAUUAGAAACGAACAAUUGCCACGUUUAGAUCGUGAUUAUAGUAUAAUGGGUGACGAAAUGUGUUAGAAGAAGGUUAUCACAUACUAUCUAAAUAUGAAUUUGUGUAAUUUAUAGCAGAGACAUCAUCGAGUAAUUAUAUUUCAUCGUUUAAAUAGUUGUUUAACACGGACUUUGUAAAACCGAUAUUAUUUAAAGAUGUAAAGUGUAAAGAGAAGAAAAAAAUGGGUUUUUUUUUCCUUUUUUUAAAUACGGUGCUCACAGGCUUUCUAUUGGAUUAUUGUUGCGCAGAUAGUAAAAAUGUACGUGUGUGUAUACACACACGCGCGCGCCACACACACAUACACACACACACACACACACGCACGCACACGCACACGCACGCACGCGCGUUAAAAUAACCAAGAUAUAAUUUCACUGUUUUUGCUCUCACAUAUACAUAUGUAUCUAUGUGCCUUUCUUUUGGCUACUAAAAGGAAGCAAGCUUUUUUUCCGACAAUAUCAAAUUCAGAAACAACAUUAAUUGUAAUUUGUUAAACCGUAAUUUUUGUACAAACUAUACAAUGCUUCCUUUUUGAUAAGACUUUCGAUUUUAUUCAAAUAGUCUCACACAUGUAUGUAAACAAGAAUAAGAAGUUAUGCAACUUAAAGAGUUGAUCUUUUUUUUCACUUAAAGAAAAAUAACAGCACUGUAAAAAAAUAUAUAUGUUUGAAACAUCGUAUGAUGAACGAUGAAAUCGCGAUGAAAAUAAAGUGCUCUCGCAAAAUUGAAAUGUUAUAAAAAUAUCUUUUAGAUCGGGUAGAUCAUAUAUUAUUGUAUCAGUAUUGCAACGAGAAGAUCUUUCAAGAUGGAGGAAAUCUGUAGACGUUUCAAAAUAUGUUGGCGUAUACAUAGGAAAUAUACGUUGUUCUAGAUCUACCUGUGUGUAUAUUUGCUUGGACAUAAUACGAAUAUACAUGUUCGUAGUUAGUUUGAUUUGCGUGAAUGAAUGAUCAUAAAAUAAAUUACAGAUUUUGAAAUUGA